CUCCCGCCGCCGCGCCCAGCCCCGCGCUCCGCCGCCUCCGCGCCGCCCACCCCUCGGCCACCAGCCCCGGGACUGCGCCACCCGAGCCCGGGCCGCCUCCGUCGCCAGGGCCGGGGCAGCAGCGGGCCGGGGGCGGGUCCGCCACCGACCAUGCGGGGCAAGCUCUGGCUCCUGGUGCUGGUGCUCAGCGGGGCUGCCCGGGCGCUCAGCCCCCAGCCCGGAGCAGGUCAGGAUGCAGACCGAGGCUCUGGAUGGUUCACGCAGGGCUGGAAUCGGAGACCCCGAGAGAGCCCUGGGCAGGUGUCAGAGCCGGACAGGACCCAGCUGAGCCAGGACCUGGGUGGAGGCACCCUGGCCAUUGACACACUGCCCGACAACGGGACCAGGGUGGUGGAGGACAACCACAGCUACUAUGUUUCCCGUCUGUACGGCCCCAGCGAGCCCCGAAGCCGGGAGCUGUGGGUGGACGUGGCCGAGGCCAACCGGAGCCAAGUGAAGGUCCACAGAAUCCUCUCCAACACCCACCGGCAAGCUUCAAGAGUGGUCUUGUCUUUUGAUUUCCCUUUCUACGGGCAUCUUCUGCGGCAGAUCACCAUAGCAACCGGAGGCUUCAUCUUCAUGGGUGAUGUGAUCCAUCGGAUGCUCACAGCUACUCAGUAUGUGGCCCCUCUGAUGGCCAACUUCAACCCUGGCUACUCCGACAACUCCACAGUUGCUUACUUUGACAAUGGGACUGUCUUUGUUGUCCAGUGGGACCACGUCUACCUCCAAGGCUGGGAGGACAGGGGCAGCUUCACCUUCCAGGUGGCUCUGCACCGUGAUGGCCGCAUUGUUUUCGGCUACAAAGAGAUCCCUAUGUCUGUCCGGGAAAUCAGCUCCUCCCAGCACCCCGUCAAAGCAGGCCUGUCAGAUGCCUUCAUGAUCCUCAACCCAUCCCUGGACGUUCCAGAAUCUCGGCGAAGGACCAUCUUCGAAUACCACCGUGUGGAGCUGGACCCCAGCAAGGUCACCAGCAUGUCAGCUGUGGAGUUCACCCCAUUGCCAACCUGCCUGCAGCAUCGGAGCUGUGACGCCUGCGUGUCCUCGGAUCUGACCUUCAACUGCAGCUGGUGCCAUGUCCUCCAGAGAUGCUCCAGUGGCUUUGACCGCUACCGCCAGGAGUGGCUGGCCUACGGCUGUGCCCAGGAGGCAGAGGGCAGGACAUGUGAGGACUUCCAGGAUGAGGACCACUACUCAUCCUCCCCCGACAGCUCCUUCAGUCCCUUUUAUGGAGAUCUCACCACCACCUCCUCCUCCCUCUUCAUCGACAGCCUCACCACAGAAGAUGACACCAAGUUGAAUCCCUAUGCAGGAGAAGAUGGCCUUCAGAACAACCUGUCCCCCAAGACAAAGGGCCCCCCCGUGCACCUGGGCACCAUCGUGGGCAUCGUGCUGGCGGUCCUCCUCGUGGCGGCCAUCAUCCUGGCAGGGAUUUACAUCAAUGGCCACCCCACCUCCAACGCUGCGCUCUUCUUCCUUGAGCGGAGACCUCACCACUGGCCAGCCAUGAAGUUCCGCAACCACCCCAACCACUCCACCUACACAGAGGUCGAGCCCUCAGGCCACGAGAAGGAGGGCUUCGUGGAGGCCGAGCAGUGCUAAGGGCACCAGGUCUCCCCUUGGAAGGGUAGGAAAGAAGACCCAGGGACCCAAAAAAAAAGAUGAGUCAAAGCAAAGCAGAGAAGUGACUUUUCUUGGCCUCCUCCGAACAUACCCUGGCUGGGAAGAUGAGACAAUGGUUUGUGGUGCCAGAGCACCCCAGAUAUUGAAGCAAUGGGCAGAAAAGCAACCCUGUUGAGUUUUUAAGGAACGAUAACCUAAUUUCAUCCUGUUUUGAUGCAAGAGGUCUCCCCUUCUGGGUCUCUCAAUAGUCUACCCUGUAGCUGCCCCAAAGGCCCCUCCCACUGGAGAUGGCCAGAUGCCUGCUCUGGCCACGUAACGCCCCUGCAUACGACACAAGAGAACUAAACUCUAUACUGGGGCGCCGCGUUCCAGCGUCCAUAGAUUCAAGAGCUGGUCCUCACGGCUAUGGAUUCGGUUACUCAGCCCCAGCUUCUGGCUCCGGGAGUCUAAAGAGGGAGUUCGCUCCAUCUGUUAAACACAGGUAUGGUUCUCCCAGCCCUCCGUCAAGCCACUGAAUGGCUGUUGUCAUCAGAGGAAAGCCAAAUGAGAGGAGAGAAAAGAACUUGUGGGGAAACUGCAUCUUUAGGCUUUGCUUCUCAACUUGCCUUAUCUGCUGAGAACCAAUACUUCUGCAUGGAACAUGUGUGCAGCCCGUGUCACGGGCUUCACCCCAGCUCCAGCCCAGCCUCGGCCUGGCCAGCUGUGCUGUGCGCGGCCACACCUACGCUCGGCUCUUUAUUCUGAUGGCAUGUUUGGUGUCCAUUGUAUUCACUGGCCUGUUCUUCCAUCAGUGCCAGUAAGUCCCUCCAAAGGCAGGGCUUGCCUGAUUAACAUUUUUCUCCUCUGAGCUGGAUUUUUAUAGCCAUUAAAGAUGAACAGGGUGAUGAGAGGGCUUCUUGAGACUACCCAGCAGGGAACUUCACUUGGAUUCUGUUGAGAAGCAAAGCCACCGGAACGGUUGGGACAGAGGAAGCUGGCGCAGGAGGGAGGGACUUUCUAAGGAAAACCUUGACCUGGAAAGUUGCUUCCAUCUCCCCAGCUCCGCUGGAUGUUUUUGAGGCAGAGAGUUUAGACUCCCAAACUUAACCUGGUUUUAAGGGAAUUCUGUCCCAGGGAUGAGUCGGGGCUCCUUCUGAAGAGCAUUUAAAAUAAAAAUCGAUAGCUCACCCUCAUUCAAAGUAAAAAAUGUCAGCAGCAAAUAAAUGUUAAAAUCACAGUGUCUACUUAGUCACAUCCUUUUAUGCCUGUCACGGGGACACUGCAAAAGAAAGAAGUUAGUUUAAGUACAAGGCCUCAGGAGGUGGGGGUAGGGAGUCCACGAAUAACCAGACACAUCCAAACACCUGACUGAUGGUUUUCCAGUUGCUUUAUGGUUUAUCCUGAGGACGCUAAUGACAGUCAGAGGAAAACAUGGACCUCGGCUAUAUGUAUGUAUGCUUCAUAAAUCAGACAGGGAGGAGAUGGGAAGGGUCUGAAUUUGAGAAAGAAAAAAGACAAUGCAGCAAAGAGAAUAGGGUCCUUUUCAAGCUUCUGAAGGACAGAAAGGUUUGUAACAGAGCUCUCGUAAUGGGAGAAGUGCAGCCGGGCGCUGAGAUGGUCUGGGCUCCCAGCACCCCUGGCCGGCAGGAGGGUGAUUUUUGCUCUUGCCUGACCAACAAAGCAUCUAUGACCUUUAUGUGUUUAAAAUGGCCAGUGGGGCAGUUCCUGCUGGGGCCAGUGCACAGCCCCAUUGGUCCCACUCCAAACUCCAGCACACUUCCUCCUGAUGGGAGCUCUACCAACCGUUCUGGAUUCCCAGAGGGCAAGAACACCCAGAGUGAAGCAAGGGGCAGGGAUGCGGUGAGGCAUCUGCCAUAACUACUGCGGGUAGAGAAAGAAAGCACUAGGUGUCUUGGGCCCCAGGCAGAGCAAGCCUGGUUGACCCCUGGGAUGACAAUGGUUAGGGCAGUGGAGCUGUCUGGCAGCAGGUAGCCUGGUUUGUUUACAGCAAAAAGAACUAAAGUUGUGUCCCUGAGAGAGCCCUCUGGACAUUAAGAGCCUCUAGAUUUCUUGAGCCAUUACACGCAGCCCAGUGCCCAAGAACCAGAGCCAGCAUCUCACAGAGUUAAAGCUGGUUCCCAGCUAUCCUUAGGAUCUCUCACAAGAUAAACGUUUCUUAGACAGACCCAGGAAUUUUACUCCAAUGUUUAGAGCAGGUUAGAUGGGUAGCUGUAGAGAGGGUCCCGC